AUGCCGAGUUUCACCUCCUUCUUCCAUCGUCUUUCUGGAUUUGUCCGUGACAAUCAGUCGCAUGUCAAGCUUGUACUGCUCUGCACCACCAUAAGUGGUUGCGGUGUUUUGGCUUAUGGUGAGGCUGUUGCACCCGAGGCGGCGGUUACAGAGAAGAAAAAGGUGGUGGUUUUGGGAACUGGUUGGGCGGCCACAAGUUUCUUGAAGAAUCUGAACAAUUCGAAAUAUGAGGUUCAAGUAGUUUCGCCUCGUAACUAUUUUGCAUUCACUCCUUUGCUGCCUAGCGUCACGUGCGGCACCGUCGAAGCACGCAGCAUUGUUGAACCGGUUCGCAAUAUCGUUCGGAAGAAAACGGUGGACAUACAAUUCAAUGAAGCAGAAUGUGUCAAAAUUGAUGCAGAAAAUAGGAAAGUUUACUGCCGAUCUAAUGCGAGCAAUAAUUUGAAUGGGAGAGAAGAAUUUGUCGUGGACUAUGAUUACCUAAUCAUUGCCGUGGGCGCCAAUGUCAACACUUUUAAUACUCCAGGAGUGGUGGAGAAUUGUCAUUUUUUGAAGGAAGUUGAAGAUGCUCAGAAGAUUAGAAGAACAGUUAUUGACUGCUUCGAGAGAGCAAAUUUGCCCGAUGUAAGUGAAGAAGAGAAGAAGAGAAUUCUUCAUUUUGCUAUUGUUGGGGGUGGUCCUACUGGAGUGGAGUUCGCAGCCUCGCUUCAUGAUUUUGUCAAAGACGAUUUGGUUCGCUUAUAUCCUGGGAUAAAAGAUUUAGUUAAAAUUACACUUCUGGAGGCGGGAGAUCAUAUCUUGGGCAUGUUUGACAAAAGAAUCACUGCUUUUGCUGAAGACAAGUUUCGAAGAGAUGGAAUUGAUGUGAAAACAGGAUCCAUGGUGGUUAAGGUAUCUGAUAAAGAAAUUUCCACUAAAGAACUGAAAAAUGGAGGAGAGAUUACUACGAUUCCGUAUGGAAUGGCUGUCUGGUCAACUGGUAUUGGCACUCGUCCAUUUAUUAAAGAUUUUAUGACACAAAUUGGUCAGGCUAGCAGGCGUGCUCUAGCUACUGACGAAUGGUUGAGAGUUGAGGGGUGCAACAAUGUGUAUGCACUUGGUGAUUGUGCUACGAUAAACCAGCGAAAAGUCAUGGAAGAUAUUGCGGCGAUCUUUAAAAAGGCUGAUAAAGUAAAUUCUGGAACACUUACUGUGAAAGAAUUUCAAGAGGUCAUGGAAGAUACCUGUGAAAGAUACCCUCAAGUUGAGCUAUAUCUGAAGAAUAAACAGAUGCGCAACAUCGCUGAUUUAUUGAAGGGAGCCAUCAUAGAUGACAAAAAAGAGUCAAUUGAACUCAAUAUCGAAGAGCUCAAAACAGCACUUUCCAAAGUGGAUUCUCAGAUGAAGUUUCUUCCUGCGACAGCGCAGGUUGCAUCUCAGCAAGGCACUUACCUGGCUAAGUGUUUUAACCGGAUGGAAGACUGUGAAAAAAAUCCAGAGGGUCCUCUCAGGUUCAGGGGAGAAGGUCGCCAUCGGUUCAAACCCUUUAGGUACAAGCAUUUAGGUCAAUUCGCUCCUUUGGGAGGAGAGCAGACAGCUGCCCAGCUUCCUGGGGAUUGGGUUUCAAUUGGCCACAGCAGUCAAUGGCUGUGGUAUUCUGUCUAUGCAAGCAAGCAAGUAAGCUGGCGUACAAAGGCGUUAGUAGUUACAGACUGGACAAGACGCUUUAUUUUUGGAAGGGACUCAAGUCGCAUCUGAAAGGAAUUUAACAUCUUUAGCAAAGGUGGUUAAUCAUGAAUUCAUACAGGAAAAAAUUGGUUUCCAUUAUACUGAUUCUCUGAAUA